AUGCCUGCCGAAGUUUCCGAUAUCAAGCAGUUCAUUGAGAUCUGCCGCCGGAAGGAUGCCUCCUCCGCCCGCAUCAAGAAGAACGGCAAGCACCAGCAGACCAAGUUCAAGGUCCGCUGCCACCGCAACCUUUACACCCUUGUCCUGAAGGACUCCGACAAGGCCGAUAAGCUCAAGCAGAGCCUGCCCCCUGCCCUCAAGGUCGUCGAUGUCUCCAAGGGCACCAAGAAGACCAACUAA